AUGAGCAGCAGCUCUACGGACACAGAGAACAUGGAGAACAUGCAGACAUAUUUGUUCAAAAUCACCAUAACUAGCCAAUGGAAAGAAGUUGUUGCAAUCUAUAGGCUAGACCCUCGGGCUCGCGAGGCAAAGAUCACAGAGUCAGGUGACACAGCACUACACGUAGCGGUGUCCGAUGGCCAAGAAGAGCAUGUUGAGGAGCUAGUAAAACUCAUCUCCACAAACGAGCUGCAACUUCGAAAUGAGCGGGGAAACACCCCUCUCCACAUUGCAGCAGCCAUGGGGAAUGUGAGAAUGUGUGAGUGCAUUGCCAAGCAUCAUCCCUUGUUGGUUUAUGCUUUCAACAAAGAAAACGAGACCCCUCUCUUCUUGGCUGCUCUGCAUGGUAAAAAAGCUGCCUUCUUGUGCCUGCACUACGUUUGCAGCCUUCAUGAUGAUCAGCAGCGCUACAAAUAUUGUAGGAGGAAGGACGGCAAUACAAUCUUGCAUUGCGCAAUUGCUCGGGACUACUUUGAUUUGGCAUUUCAGAUAAUUGACCUGUAUGAAGAACUAAGUUUUUAUGUAAACGAGGAAGGAAACUCCCCUCUCCAUCUUCUUGCAAGUAAACCUUAUGCCUUCGCAAGUGGCAGCCGGCUUGGGCCGUGGGACCAAAUCAUUUACUACUAUAUAAAUGUUGAUCAGCUCAAAAGGGCGGAACGACCGGGUCACUGGGAUGACGAUCAGAGAAAGAUCAAGACAUUCAAAGAUGAAAAGGAUCCCAUAUAUCUAGAGAACUAUCAAACGUGCAUCAACUUUAUUCGGUUGUUGUGGCAUAUGGCUCAAGUUCUUGUUACCAAACACGAUAAGGGCGAAAGCCGGAAAAAUUCAGCAGAUGCAGAGAACCCUGCAGGUGCAGGACCUAAUGCUCUGAACAGAGGAAAUCCAGGAUCCCAAUCAAAUGAUGGAACACGACGACAUCGAUCAUUGCCCGGACAUUAUAUCACCUGCUUUGAGUUUGUCAAGCUUUUCUUAAAGGCAGUAUUGCAGAUUCUUUUCGGAUGGGGGCCUAAGGAGAUAAAAAAGAUAAGGGCAAUGAAGGAAAGGCACAAAUGGUCAAUUCAGAUCAUGAAUGAACUACUAAAACGUGGUUUGAUGUAUGCGUACGAAAACAAUGGUAUGCAUCCACAGACAGCGCCAUCCCACAAAAACGACAAUGAUGAUCAAGAAACAUGGCCUUAUGAAAUUGUCGAUCAAUAUGGUGACCAAGUUGUCACCCUCGGAAGCAUUAACGUUAACAAUCAGCCCAUUAUGAAUCCUCCCCCACAACCACAAGAUGAUAAUAAGCCAAAUAAUGGUAAAAAUAUAUCUCACGAUUUGUGUGAAUUUGAUACACCAUAUCAGUAUGUCACGUGCUAUAUCGGAUACACUCAAUAA